AUGCUACCUAUCGCUGCAUCGAUGCUUCAUGAUGCUGCAUCAUCUAUGUGUUUCUGCGUCAUAGCAGCUACCAUCGCCUCUAUUGCCCUAACAAUAUCGAUUACCUUGAAGGAAGAUUUGGAGUUUCAGACAAAACCAAACCUUACUAAUAAGACUCCAAUCAAGACUAUUUAUACAGAGUUUGAAGAUAUUAUUGAUUGCAUUGACAUUUACAAACAACCAGCUUUCAACCAUCCUUUACUAAAAAAUCACAAAUUACAGAUAAAACCCAAUUUUGAAAAUGUAAUUGAAAAAACAUUUGUGAAUAACUCACAAAUUGGAUCCAUAUUUGGAUUUGGUAAGGAAGAAUGUCCAAAAGGAACGGUUCCAAUACAAAGAACAAAAUAUGAUAUCUCUGAUGAAAAAUUAUUAAAUGAUCAUAUAUUGCUUAAAGACAUCCCUGGUGUUCAUAUUGCAGAAAUAUCUAUGAUACAAACGUAUGCUCCUUUUUAUAAAGUUAGUGGGAUAAGUAGCCUUUAUAAUCCAAAAGUUGAGAAAGAUGAAAUCUCUAUGGCUCAUAUAUGGGCUGAGAAUGGACCUGUAGAAUCUUCCAACAGAAUAACGACUGGAUGGCAUGUAGCUCCAAACAUAUACGGUGAUGCAAGAACCCAUUUUUAUACGUCAUGGACGUCAGAUAAUUUCAAGAAAACAGGAUGCUAUAAUACUGCAUGUCGAGGUUUUGUUCAGAUUGACAGGAAGAAUUUCGCUGGUGGAUAUUUUCCUCAAGUAUCUACCUAUGGUGGACCAAUUUACGAGGCUUACCUGGCUAUUGCUCAAGAUCCAAAGACAAAAAAUUGGUGGAUAAGGGCAGGAAAUGUAAACAUUGGAUAUUAUCCAGCAGCAUUGUUCUCGAACUUAGGGUCAGCAUCCAUUGUAGGGUGGGGUGGGAGAACGAAAGCUAAAGUUGGUGGUCUUAGUCCUCCAAUGGGAUCUGGGCAUGUUCCUGAUGGGAACAAGGCCCAUGCAUCUUAUUUUAGAUCUCCCAAAAUUAACCGUGCACCAGGAGAACCUGAUUAUACACCUGCAAAUACUAGGACCGGAGGCUUCUCUGACAACACUAAUUGUUAUGGUGUUUAUUACUACUAUAAAUCAGAUGUUAGUGAAGAAGGUGUUAUCCAGUUCGGAGGACCUGGAGGAAAAUGUGGAGUUUAA